GUGAGGAAUACUGCUCGUCAGAAACGGGAGCAAUACAUGUCGUGUGCGGAAGGCGUGGCAAAGUGUCUCCAUACUAUUGACACACCCACGCCCCCUGCAACAGAAUGGGCGUGUGGGCGUGGUGGUGGACGUGGCUAACGGUAGUGGCUUGGGCGUGGCCAACUGCUGUAUCUGCCUCGGGUGUUCGUCCCAACGUGGUGGCUGAGGUGCCCGGGCUUGACGUGGGACCACUGGUGUCGGUGACCGUAGCUCGGGGAGACACAGCCAGACUCCCUUGCAGGUACCCGCGGCACCCUGACGAUAAUGUGAGCCUUGUGUUGUGGUACGUUAACCACACCACCCGCCCCUUCCUCAGCUACGACGCCCGCGCCAAUCUAGAUCGCGGAAAUGUGGGCGUGGCCGGUGUGGGCGGACGGUCACGGAUGAUGCUGAAUGGGGGUGGCACCUCCCUGGUCAUCCGCAACACCCACCACGAUGACCAGGCCGAGUACAGGUGUAAUGUGCACUUCCGCCUCUCUCCUACCUGGACCCAGAGGCUGCAACUAAGUGUACCAGAUUCGGUGUGGGUAGUGUCCCUGACGGAGAGCACAGGGCGGCCGCUAGAGGGAGGCACUGUGGGUCCUCUGGCCGAAGGAGCCACGUUGAACCUCGCUUGUCAGGCUAACCAUGGGUCGGCGGAGGUGGUCAGCCUGAGGUGGGUGCUGGAGGGGCAGGAUGUGGACACGACGUGGGCGGCGGCAGAGAGAGGAGUGGCCAUCAACCAGUUGACUCUGAGUAACUUGAAGGAGGAGCACCGCAACGCCCACCUCACCUGUCGUCUCACCACCCUCGACCCCGCCCACGACCAUGUUGCUCUCAAUAUCACGGAUGCCUCCACCUUCAUUACAAUGUACUACGUUCCGGAGGCGACGCUGCUAGUGGAAGGCGGGAGGCGGAGUGGAGGAGGAGGGAGGGAAGUGAUGGAGGGCAAGAGUGUAAGCUUCCUGUGCUCCGUGAGGGCCGACCCCCCAGCCUACAACAUCACCUGGCUGCAUAACGGUCGCGUGGUGGUGGUUGGUGGUCGUCGGUGGAGGCGGGACAACGCGUCGCUGGUGGUGACUCCUGUGCGACGCGACGACGCGGGACUAUACACCUGUUUGGCCUCCAACACUGAAGGCGACGGACACUCUAACGCCGUCCAUCUACGCGUCGCACACACGCCAUACUGUGCGGGGAGUCCCCACAGUCACCUGGUAGUGGCCUCGAACACCACCAUCACUCUCACCUGCAAGGUGGAGGCCGUGCCUCAAGAGGUCAACUUCACCUGGAGACUGUCCGCGCCUCCAGUCACUCACCCGAGGCUCAAGGGGGGCAAAGACCCCCGGGGUGGAGUCAUAACUGGGGAGGUGGGACCCCCACCUCGCCUCCCCAGUCUGAUUGACCUAACCCCAGGUCACCCACCUGACCCUGAGCCCUGGGUGACAUCUGCCCCGCGGUCCUGGGACCUGGCCCUGCCCGACUCUUGGGAAGACACUGGGGACGGGGACCUGGAGGGCUCCCUGCUACGCCAUCGCCUGGACCCUUCCUCCCCCACCCGAUCCGUCGUCACCCUCACCCCCACCGCCCCAGUCCACGUCGUCUGCUACGCCCGCAACCGCGUGGGGCGUACCAGAGUCCCCUGCACUUACACCCUCAGCGUCGUAGAGCCGCCACAGCCGCUGAAAGACUGUAACGUGACUAUGGUGGGAGAGACCCAACUGGAAGUGAAGUGUGAUACGCACGCCCACACCCGCGACGCCCACGCCCACGAGGACGCCACCCACGCCCAACACUCACCCAGUGCCAGUUUCGUCUUGUCCCCAGAAGCAAGCGCCCGUGCCAACCUGGAGGUAUGGUCAGGAGGUACACUGAUUGUUAACGUGAGUGACGCGCGGCCCGUGUUCACUGUGAGAGGACUCCCACCCGCCGCCAACCUCAAGCUGGUGCUCUACUCAGCCACCGCCCACACCCGCUCCAAGCCUGUCUACAUGUACGCCCGCACCCUCCCCCGCGCCACCUUACAUCUCACAGUGCCGCCACCAGUGACUGAGGGAGGAAGCCUUCAGCCCAGUGGUGAGGAGCCGCCCGUACUUGGUGGCCUGGACGGUGGGCUGGGGGUGGCCAUCGGGGGUCUGGUGGGCGGGGUGGGGCUGACCCUACUGGUGCUAGUGCUGGUCAUCAUGCUCAUGAGGCGCCGUCAGCAACGACGAGCAGCCGAGGAGGAGCUGGUGGUGCCUCCCGAGACUGUAAUCAAGGCUACCCAAGAGGAAGCUGCACAGGAGCUACCAGUUGUGGGAUCCAGUGUUGAGCUUCCACACACCCCACGCACACCCCACACCCCACGCCCACACACCCCCCGCCCACCCCACACACCGCGCCCACCACGUACGCCCCACACGCCGCCCCCGCCUAAGAUGUUGAGGCGAGGCAGCGAGGCGGGAGGAAGAGGCAGCAAGGAAUCCGUGCUGGAGGGCGUGGUGGCGGGACUCGGGCAAGACGGGGCGGGGCUAGGUCAAGAUGGGGCGGGGCGGGCUAGUGUCACGGGGGCGUCUCCCAAGAUCAAGUGAGGUCUCCCCUUACCACAUCCUUCCCCUGCCCAUCCUACCCUUCUCCUAUCCCCUUCCACCAUAACGACCACCGCCGCCACCACCACCCCCGCCAAACCCACUCCCACCACCUCCGGAGUAUUCAAUUUUCUGGACAUACUCAGGGUGGUGGGUCCAGGAGGGGAAUUUUACUAUGUAUAUUUUGUAAUAAAGGUUUUGUAUUCCUUU